GAUUUUGCUUAAUUAGCAUCAUAUAUUGCACAGGAUAAGUUAUUUUACCGCUCUUAGACUGAACACUGUAUUUUUCUGUGUAAUUUCAAUAGUAAUUGCAGGAACUUGAUUUUCAUUCUGGUUUUUUUUUUCUGUUGUAUAAUAAAUCAGGAUGAAAUUUCAAUCAAAAUGGUUCAUUUUCGUAGUGAUUAUUGUGAUAACAUUAUUUACUCUUAAGAUCAGGCAGUAUGAAUAUGUAAAGGAGAUACUGCAGUUGAAAAGUGACAUAUAUGAAGACGUUUUAGCUCAUCUCAACAACGCAAAGGCGGCUCAAGACAACAGUGACUUAGUGGAAAUUAUUAAGAAAUAUUUUCUUCACCAACCAUCUACAUUACCAUACAACCUUACUCAUCCAAACAAUGAAAAUCCAUCACCAGGACAAACCCAGUUCGUGGAUGAAUAUUUACAACAAAAGCGUAACGGAUUCUUUCUUGACAGCGGCGCCCAUAAUGGUGAGCAUUUAUCGAAUAGUCUGUUUCUUGAACGGUAUCGAAAUUGGACCGGUAUUCUAAUUGAGCCGAACCCCACAACAUUCGAAACUCUAACAAAUAAACAUAGAAAAUGUUACACGGUGAAUGCAUGCCUCUCAACUAAACAGUAUUCAUCUAUUGAAACAUUUUACACUGCAAAUAAUGCUGUAAAAGGAAAAGUUGUGGAGGGUUACCAGGGCAACAAUGACACACGUUAUUUACAAGUCCAGUGUUUUCCAUUGUACACCAUCAUGCUUGCGGUUGGACGACUUGAUGUGGACUAUUUUAGCUUAGAUGUCGAAGGUGCAGAACGCGGAGUUCUUGAUACGUUACCAUGGGAUAAAGUCAACAUCAAACUUAUCUCGAUAGAACAUAACAAAUGGGUGGGCGGGAAACAAAAUUUGACACAAUAUAUGGAGGAAAGAGGCUACAAAUUUCUAACAAAGAUUAAUGUAAAUGUUGCUCCUGAUUUAAUUUUUGGUAAAAAAGACGAUGUUCUAUAGUGUUCUUCUUAAAACAUAAAUUAUUUAAUACCAUGUCUUUAUGUUUAUAUUUAUUUCAUUUCUUUUAAUCAUUC